CAGUGAGGUGAGUGAGCGGGAUCGCGCGGUGGGAGUUUUGUCCUUCACGCAGGAAUGUUCAUGGCUGGAAAGGCAAAAACAACUAAAAUGUCAUGUCAGUGACAGAAAUAUAGCACAAAAUACCAGGGGACUUGUUUUUAUAACUUUUACAUUCAUGGCGACUGUCAAACAGAAAGUUUUAUUUGGAAACAAAGACGUGUCGACCGUUAAUAGUUCUGAGGGAGCGUUGAGAAAUUUGGCUGGAACACCAAACCUACACGAGACGGUUAAUGGGCUGAAAGGCAAAGCCCAGACCCGCAGGAAAUCUCUCAAUGAUUCACUGGAAGGGGAUAUCCGAGACUUCCUUAUAAAUGAAUCUGAACUUCAUACUUAUGAUGACCUCACCAAAGUUAACCCUGUUACCCCCACUACAGUCCUGAAAUGUUUGCAGGCCAGGUACAGUGCAAAGGUGUUCUACACACAUGCCGGCUGCACGCUGGUGGCUCUCAACCCCUUUCAGCCCAUCCCUCAUCUGUACUCUCUGGAUGUGAUGAGGGAAUAUCAUUCUGCCUCUCAGCCUCAGGAUUUCAAGCCGCACAUCUUCAUCGUUGCAGAAGAGGCUUACAGAAAUGUACAGGGGCAGGUGGAGCCCACGAACCAGUCUCUGGUGGUCUCUGGAGAGAGUGGAGCUGGGAAAACCUGGACGUCACGCUGCCUGAUGAAGUACUACGCCACGGUUGCAGCAUCAUCUCAGAAGUGCCAACACACCGUAGAGAAGAUAGAAAGACGAGUGUUGGACUCCAACCCUCUCAUGGAGGCCUUUGGCAACGCCUGCACAUUACGCAACAACAACAGCAGUCGCUUUGGAAAAUACAUUCAGCUUCAGCUCAACAGCUCUCAGCUGUUGGUUGGUGCGUCGGUGCAGACGUAUUUGUUGGAGAAAACCAGAGUGGCUUUCCAAGCACCUAAUGAGAGGAACUUUCACAUAUUCUAUCAGAUGAUGAAAGGGGCCAAAGAAAAGCAGAGACUGGACUGGAUGUUACCUUUAGAUCAAGCCUUUGCCUGGUUGCCACAUGCCGAUAAAAACUUAGAAGAAGACUGUCUGCAGGAGACUGUGGUGGCAAUGGUCAACCUCGGUAUCGAUGAGGAGAAAAGGGCACAGAUAUUUAAGAUCCUUGCAGGUCUUCUGCAGCUGGGAAAUGUGGACUUCAGUCCUGCAUCUGAAGAGUCUCAGUCAUGUGAUCUGGAAGAGAACUCUAAAGGUUUCCUGCAGAAGACUGCUGUCCUGCUACAGGUGCCAGUAGAGGAGCUGCAGACGUAUCUGGUAGUGAGAACACUGCGUGCUGGAAAACAGAACGUGCUCAAGCCGUGUUCUCAGACUGAAUGCACCAUCCGCAGAGACUGUCUUGCUAAAGUCAUCUAUGCACAGCUAUUUGAGUGGUUGGUCACUUUCAUUAAUAACAGUAUGUGCGCAGACAGGUCCAUGUGGUGCAACUUCAUUGGCUUGCUGGAUGUUUAUGGUUUUGAGUGUUUCCUCCUGAAUAACCUGGAGCAGUUGUGCAUUAAUUAUGCCAACGAAAAACUCCAGCAACACUUUGUGGCUCAUUAUCUGAAGGCCCAGCAGGAGGAGUACGUGUCUGAGGGGCUGCAGUGGUCCUUCAUACGUUACCAAGACAACCAGGCUUGCCUGGACCUGAUUGAAGGCAGCCCCACCAGCAUUUUCUCUCUGCUCAAUGAGGAGUGUCGUCUGAACAGAACGUCAGAUGCUAAGCAGUUCCGUGUGCGUCUGGAGAAGGAGCUGUCGGGAAAUGCCAACAUCAGCUGGGACAAAUUCAGUAAAGAGCCUCAUUUCACGGUCGCCCAUUAUGCGGGCAAAGUCAGCUACCGGAUCGAAGGCAUGAUGGAGAAGAAUAAAGACCCAGUUCCCCCAGAGCUUAUCCAUGUCCUGCAGAAAUCCCAGAAUGCAUUGCUGCACGGUCUCUUUGAUGAGAGUGACAGCGGAGGGUCCAGAGGGCACAACAAAGUUGUUACUGUUGUCUCCAAAUUUAAGAACUCGCUGGAAAGCCUGAUGAAGAUCUUGUACAGCACCACCCCCCACUACACACGCUGUAUCAAACCCAACCCAGACUGCAGACCGCUCACCUUCCAAAAGGAGGAGGUUAUCACUCAGCUUGAGGCCUGUGGGAUAGUGGAGACCAUAAACAUCAGCGCAGCAGGAUUUCCCAUCAGGAUCCCGUAUGGCAGUUUCCUUCAGCGUUAUGGACUGAUUACAAACACUCUACUAAACAGAGAUGACGGACCUGAGAUGAGUGAUCCGUCUGUUCUGCGAUCUGCAGUGGAGGACGUGCUCAAUGUGGUUCUCAAGAGACACGCCCCCAGCUCCACCCUCAGCCCUGAUGACAACAAUAACAUGGUGCAUUGUGGGAGGACCAAAGUCUUUCUGACUUACGCUCUGUUGGAGGUGAUGGAAGACCACAGGGUCAGGGUGCGCUCCCAGAAGGCGUUCUGUAUCCAGUGUGCCUGGCGCAGGUAUCAGUGUCAUCGCCGCAACAUCAGGACACAAGCUGCCACUCGUAUACAAGCAGGGGUGAGAUCCUGGCUGCUCAGAAAAGAGGUGAGGAAACUGCACAAAGCCGCAGCAGUCAUCCAGCACAAAUGGAGACGCUGGAGAGCGCGCAUGGAUGCGCUAGCUGAGUCGGAACUGGACAAUGCUGAAGAUUUGGUAGAAGAAGAAGCGUACGUGCGUCCCAAGCUGGACACUCUGCUGAAGGAGAGAGGCUCAGUGCAGCUCUCCAGCAUCCCAGAACCUGUGGUGGUCAGAGGUUGGCCCAUCGGGCUGGCUGUUGCUUCUGCACCCACCAUCACCGUGUCUAUGACCGCUUCUGGUUUCCAGAGGGUCAUGUCCAUGAUGGCCUGUCUUAAGAUCCCCUUCAGACAGGGUGACUAUAAAGUAAAGACCAACCAGUUUGAUCAGGGUGUGGCCUCCAUCAGAGCACAGCCACGGGGGUCCAUUAAAAUGCAUUUGCAGAGAUCUCCACUGCUGUACGCUAACAUGCACCCAGUACACAAGACCGAGGGAGUGACUGGAUUUAACCAGAUCCUGCUGGAGGGAACCUGAUAUUUCAUGUCAUCUUUAUCUAAUCAAUGCACCUUUAAAGUACAUGUAGGAACUUGGUAAUACUGAGGUGCUAAGUGACAAAAAUCAUUAAGGAUACUGAUAAUCCUUAUUGUUCGUGUAAUGUUGGAUGUUUAUUUCCUCUCAG